AUGCAGUUUUGCAUCGCUGUCGUACCUCAGGGAUCUCAAGCCUGGCACUUGUUCGCAGCCAGCACACCGAAUACCCACUUCAAUUGGGGCGGAGCAGGAACGGCUGACGGUUUCUCGACAAACACCUUUCAGAUCCAGGGACUUGACCACGAUGGCACUUGGUUCCUAUUUCGGCUAGAUCUGCUCUACCGCGGCCGCUCAAUUUUGAAAGUCCAAAUUCACGAUUUCUACUUGCGCUUGGUACCUUACGUCAGCUUGAGCUAUUGGGUCCGAAUCGGAACAGUCGUGCGAGAUCACUACAGCGGACCUAUUAAAACGCUCGGCUAG